AUGUGGCACCUGAAUACAGAGCACCGGCUUGAUGACCGAUCGACGGCGCACGUGCGCGUCCAGAUGCAGGUGGUGCAGCAGAUGGAGACCAACUUGGCCAAGGAAAAGGCACGCCUUUCGGCCAUGAUGGCGCAUCUCCACAUGACACGCGAGCGUAUGGAGGAGGUGAAGACAGACCCGCCGAUGGCGCCGAGCUUACCGCAGGUGAGCGCGGCCAUGUUCCCGACGACGACGCCGCCCAGUCAGCUGCUGUCGGGCAAUCCGUUCCUGCGCACGGCCAUGCUGCACGCACCUGCGCGCGCCAGCAUCGGGCCCAGCCGGCGCCGCGUCAACGACAAGCCCAUGACCCCAAACCUGUCGGCGCUCCGCUGGGCGCUAGGUGACCAGACCGUGUUGGCAUUACCCUCGGCGCGAGCCGACCAGAGCCAGUCGGUGCUCCACUGGGCGCUAGGUGACCAGAGCCUGUUGGCAUUACGCUCGGCGCGAGCCGAACAGAACCUGUCGGCGCUCCACUGGGCGCUAGGUCCGUACGAGGAGUCACCGGCGCAGAGGCGGCGAGCCGCCGAACGCUCCGGUCAGGACAUCACAGAAGAGCUCGGUCGUAACCGCGACUUCUACCGCAGCACGGACAUCCGGCCGCCGUUCACGUACGCCUCGCUGAUCCGCCAGGCGAUUGUGGAGUCACCGGACAAGCAGCUGACGCUGAACGAGAUCUAUAGCUGGUUCCAGAACACGUUCGCCUAUUUCCGCCGCAACGCGGCCACCUGGAAGAACGCGAUCCGCACCAACCUCUCCCUCCACAAGUGUUUCGUGAGGUAUGAAGACGACUUUGGUUCGUACUGGACGGUCGAUGAUUCCGAGUUCAUCAAGCGUCGCCAUCUGUCACGAGGCCGUCCCAGAAAACUCGAGCUCGGCCCAGCCAAGGAGCAGGCGCGCAGUCCCACGCUCUCCAGCAGUCCCACACUGUACGGGGACGCCAUCAACGCCAGCCUACAGUCGGCGUUGGCGGACUCCACGCUGCCGUUCAUGACGAACGCCGCGGACCGCCUGCGGGAGAUGCGCGAGCGGGAGGCGCCGACCCUGCUGGGCAUGCACCGGCGGUCACCGUCCCCCAGACAGUACCGGCACGCCAGCCCCAGCCCGGACCAGGACUCCCGCGGUCCAGCCAUGGACAUGUUCAGCCAGCCGCUGGUCAAGUCCGACUAUGACGCGGCGCACAGUCCCGAUCCGGACUCGCGCGACGGUGGCGCCACCCGCGAGGGAGCGGCGGCGCCCCCCAUCAGUCGCGCCGAGAACCUGAGCAUGUCGCUGAUCAAGUCUGAGUACGCGGACGGCGGCCAGACGAUGGCGGAGACGGCGACGGCAUGAGUCCGCACGCCCCACCGGCCCAGCAAUACCUGGGGCCACGCGGCGCGGCGCCUGGCGCGGCCCGUGACCAACCUGGCGCGCUCCGGUGCGGCCCGGAGGACUGCCGCCUAGCGGCGUCGAUGUGUGCUAUCGUGUGGCCAGGUCGUCAGUAGAUGGCGCCACUGCGGCGCAAGGACGCUCUCUCGCCCUCCGCUGUCUCAAAUCAAACGUAUUCUCGAGGGGCGUUCAGGUGCGUGUACAAUGUACAAUCGCCGCCACCGCUCUGUUUGGGUUAGUUGUGUUUGUCGGGUGCGCGUGCGCACCGGGGAAUGCCGCCGCGGGUUUUUGUACCUGUGUGCAUGUUGUGUACAGUUGUUCAACCUCAUCCUACGGGUUUCGUUGCGGAGAGCCACGUGUCAGCUCACCGCUUGCAGGCGCAGUUUCCUUGCGUUUUUUGUGUUACCACUCGCCUGUCAUCAGCCACCCUCCCGAAAGCCUGCCGGUACGUCUCGCUCGGAGGCCGCCCGCAGUAGCUCCCUGUCGGUACACCCAGUACAAAGCUUGCAGAGAUGCGUGUUGAUGCCAUAGGAUCUCCCGGCCAGCCCUCCGCGCGGCUGUCCGCCGCCAUGGCGGACUCCGCGCCCCACUCCAGUGCAACUCUCCAUAACUAGUGUCGUUGUGACAACCAUUUUUGUACGGCUCGACAGUGCAGAGGCGUCUUAGGACGCGAGGGCGUGAGGGCAGGGACAGCCGGGCUGACGGCUGCCGAGCUGGUAUUUUAGCAUGGUUGUUUUGGGGCCUCGACUUCGGUGGGCCGCGCUUUGAGCUUAGGAGCGGGCCGCGGCCUCGUGGCGGCUGCCGCCGGGGAUGGGGCUGAGCCCCUGGCAACGCGCGCGUUAAGGGCCGCCGGCGUAUCAGGGAUCAUAAAUCGGGUCAACUCGGCCGCCCUGUGCUGCCACCCUCCGGUCGGACAACAGUGUGUCCUCCGUUCUCCGCCGCGCCCGUAUGUUUGCGUCUGUCGUCGGUUCUGUUUCCCAGUAUGUCUGCUUGUGCCAAUGGACCUCCCGGGAGUCUCGUGCAUUUUGUGUUGACACAUUCCUUUCUCACGCCGC